CGCCGGACUCGGGUGCUUCAACGUGCUAAAUGUCCAUCUCCGGCGAGGAAGCGACGGUGGCCGUGGCCGUCGGCUGCGGUGGUCGGAGCCGCCGUGCUGUUCGCUGGGCUGCUGAGAAUCUCGGCCCCUUUGCCCACCGCCUUCUCCUCCUCCAUGUCAUACCCUCCAUCUCAUUCAUCCCUUCCCCUUCGGGGGAACCGAUUCCAAUCGAGAAUUUGGAGAGAGAAGUGGUGGAAAUCUAUGUCCAGGAUCAGAAGUUGAAAGCGCAAGAGGUUUUCUUUCAAUUCAGGAGUCUUUGUGGGAAGAGAAAGUUGGAGACUUUGGUGUUGGAAGGAGAGAGCAUUGAAGCUGCAAUUGUUAGAUAUGUGAUUGAAUCUGGGAUAAAGAAUUUGGUUCUGGGAUGUUCAUCAUUUAAAUGGAUCAGGAGGAUUUUAAGGAGACCAGACAUAGCGACCACCGUCAUGGAAUCAGCCCCAAACUUUUGCAACAUUUUUGCUGUGUCACGACUCAGGCUCAAGAUGAAAUUUUCUCAUCAAUUAUUCGAGGAUGAGCUAAAUUCUACAACAGAAAUAAGGACUGUUAAUCUAAAAACUUUCACUAGAAGGAAAGAAGGGCGAAUCCUUGGUAAACAAGUACCUGCAAGCAGUUUUCAAGAUAGUGAAAGAUCACUAAAGCCCAGAAAGUCUGAUGUUAGUACAUACUCCCAUACUUCUUCUGGUGUUGGUGGAUAUUCAGAAACUGCAUCAGUGUGUGGAGGUUAUGAUAAAGAAAUAUUGACCCUUGAUGUUAAAACAGGGAAGAGAUAUGAACCUACGGGUUCUUUGAAAGACACCCCGUUUGUUCUUCUGCACACUAUUAAAGAGGGUGAGGCUUCCGCAGAGGUUGUAAGACUGAGGCUGGAGUUGCAGAAAACUCUUGCAAUGUAUAACCGAACCUGUGAAGACCUGGUCCUUGCCAAGAAUAAGGUCAGGUUACUUUUGGCAGAAUGCUCAGAAGAGUCAAAGAAGGUUAAAGAUGCGCUGGAGAGGGAAGAAGCUUUGAAACGAAGUGCUAAAGAAGAACAGGCCAGGCAUUUGGAAGCACUUAAGGUAGUUCAGGAAAAUGGAGAAUUUCUUGCUAAAGAGGAAUUGGAUAGGUAUAAAGCAGAAAUUGCUGCCAGCGAAAUGUCCUUGGGGAAAUCAAAAAUAGCAAAUGCUCUCUUCUCAAAUGAUAGAAGAUGCCGGAUAUACUCAAGUCAUGAAAUAGAGGUUGCAACCGGAAACUUCUCUGAUGCAAAGAAGAUAGGAGAGGGAGGUUUUGGGGAUGUCUACAAAUGCAACCUUGAUCACAUAGCAGUAGCUGUCAAGGUUCUUCGGCAUGGUACACCUGAUAAGAUUGAGGAAUUUAUCAGAGAGAUUGAAGUUCUGAGCCAGCUACAUCAUCCCAACAUGGUUUUACUGCUUGGGUUCUGCCCUGAAAAGGGAUGCCUUGUUUAUGAGUACAUGGAAAAUGGAAGCUUAGAGGAUCAUCUUUUCUGCAACAAGGGCAAGCUGUCACUCCCGUGGUACAUCCGCUUCAAAAUCAUCUUUGAAGUUGCAUGUGGUCUUGCUUUUUUGCAUGCAACCAAGCCAGAGCCUAUCGUUCACCGUGAUCUUAAGCCAGGAAACAUCUUAUUAGAUAGGAACUUUGCAGCCAAGAUUGGAGAUGUUGGACUGGCCAAAAUCAUGUCAGAAGUCGUGCCUGAUGGUUUUACUGAAUAUAGAGAAACUGUUAUUGCUGGCACAUUCCCUUACAUAGAUCCCGAGUAUCAUCGAACUGGCACACUCCGGCCCAAGUCUGAUCUCUACGCCUUUGGAAUUAUUGCCCUUCAAUUGCUUACCGCCAAGCAACCAAAUGGGCUCGUACGGCAGGUUGAAAAAGCAAUAAAUGGGGGCAGUCUUGCAAAUAUACUUGACAAAUCAAUAUCUGACUGGCCUCUUGUAGAAGCCGAGAGACUAGCAAAGCUUGCACUGAAAUGUUCUGGAUUACGAUGCAGGGAUAGACCAGAUCUGGAAACAGAAGUUAUGCCGCAACUUGAAGAACUUGUCAAUAUGGCAAAUGUUUGUUUCAAGCUGCGCAAGUUCAGUGUUUUUGCGCCGACCCAUUUCAUCUGUCCAAUUCUUCAGGAAAUAAUGGAGAAUCCCUACAUUACUGCUGAUGGAUUCACUUAUGAGCAUAGAGCAAUCAAAGCAUGGCUUGAGAAACAUAAUAUAUCACCUGUCACCAAACUCGGCCUUUCGCAUACAAACAUAAUCCCGAACCAUACUGUGAGUUCGGCAAUACAAGAAUGGAGGUCAAGGGUGGCAUCCUCAAUCACUUAGAUUGUAACAAAGAAUUGAUGAUGUUUGAUAAGCUUUAUUUUCUGAAUUAUAUUGUUGUAAGUAAUGAUGGUUUCUGUAUCAUAUGGCAAUUUCUAUGGAAAUAGAGUUAAUUUCAGUAACAAACGAUUUAUAGGCUGUUGAAGCUGUAGUAGGUUCACAGCUCCUUGAGUUA